AGACGUGACGUGCGAAACCUGCGAUGAUGCGUGCGAAACAAAACAAAAUCCAUGUCAAAACUCUAAAAAUUUCAACAAUCGAGCUGAUUUUUUUUAAUAGGUGUUGAAAAUGGCCUUUUUCAUGUCGCUAAAUGUCGUGGAGUAUGCCUGCGUAUGUGGUUUGUUGAAUCCUUUGACAAAAUUGUACUUUUGUCGUUACUGCAUGAAGCUGCGCUGCGGAUUUUGCGUUUGUCAUGAGGUGGACUCGCACUUUUGCUCCAAUUGCCUGGAGAACAUUCCAUCGUCGGAGGCGAAAAUUCGAAAAAAUCGUUGUAAUACUUGCUUUAAUUGUCCAAGUUGUCAACACACGCUUUCGGUACGAGCAUCGACGACAAUUGUUCCAGCUGCGGCUCCGGAAUCAGCGAAGCCAGAAGGCGAUUCCUCUGGUGAUGGCCUAAAAAAGGAGAAUACUCCGGAACCUUCUUCCGGGAAGCCUGUUUCUAGGAAGAUGUACUAUCUGGCUUGUUUAAAUUGUCGUUGGAGUUCCAGAGACGUUGGUAUCCCGGAUCAGACCGUCGCCACUGGGCAAUGGCCUGAACCGGAGUAUGCCAAUGCUACGAGAUUUUCAUUGCUUUUGGAACAUUACCAGUCGGUUGUCCUUCAUGACAAGCAAGAGAAACAGGAACUUUGGCGUCGGAAAGCCCCCAAGCAAAGCAAAUUCCCGAGUUUGACGGAGCGCACUGGUCUAACAGUGGCAAUAAUCCGACGGCAAAUGGGAUGGGCGGAUAGUAAAGCUCAGGUCAAAUCGACGCCUUUGCCGAUCAACAAAUCAAUUGCCAGCGAGAACGUGGAUGAAUUGCCAGGAGAUAUCUUUACCAAGGGAUUGACUUUAAAGAACAUCACUACAUUGGAGCAACGCCUGUCACAUCCGGCCAAGCAACCGUUUACGGUCAACAAGCUCUUUCCGCAGCAUAAGUUGCUUUCCAUAAAGAGGUCAUUGCGGUGCCGGCAAUGCGACCACAAUGUUAUCAAGUCGGAGUACAAUCCCAGUUCGAUCAAGUAUCGAAUUGCGAUGUUCGCGGCGUACCACGUUCCGGAAGUGAGGUUCGUCCGCUGUGAGCCACUGCUCAAGGGCCAAGACUCAUUUCUGACCAUGAAAGUCAUCAAUCCUACCACGAAUGAUAUGACGAUUACGAUUAUGGAGCUGCCAAUGGAAGCAGACGAGAAGCUGAUGAUCGAAGAACUUAAAUUGGCUGCCGAAAGCAGCGCCUCCUCAUCACUGAUGAUUAGUGGGUUGAGUACGAGCUUGAGCAAGCAAGCCACACUGCUCGAAGACCCGCGGAUGGUGGAAACGAAAACGAACGGAAUAUUCCGGCUGCCCGAUUCAUCGUUUGUUGUAAACCAUCGUGACGAUUCGGCCGAGUUCGAUGAAGUGGUCCAAUCGCAACAGGAAGAUCCGAGAUUCAUCAUUUGGCGCAAGGCAAAUCAGAUUGCAAUAAAAUUGGCCGUCCAGCCGAACAAAGAUUGCAAUCCGGGCGACGAGAUCGUCAUUGGAUUCUCCCUACAGUACACAUAUGUGAACACCGUCGUUGAGAAGAGCAGCACUCCGACGAAGGGACCUCAGAAACAGGCACUUACUACACGGGUUUACGUCAAGUUGGGACAACUAUCCGAAUCUGCUUCGUCGUAAAUAAUGCGCAAAAUAAUGUUUUCUCAUGCAGCACACUCACAAUACUAUUUAUAAUCAAUCACUUAUUAUUGUAAUCGUUCAUAUUUAAUCAAUAAUAAAGUUAUCGGCUUUUUUCGCUUUAAGUAAAGGCAA